CAAAACAUGUGUCACCACAUUGUAAGCCGAGUGCUGAGAUAUCAGCUGAGAACGCUGCGGUAGUUUUGAUUCGUUGUACAAAAUCUUGCGCGUAUAAAGAUCCGCAUCCGCCACCAGGGUUCCUUGCGAGACUCAUAAAACGACAGGGGCACCUGCGAGCUCACAAACGUCAUCUCGUCGAUCAAAGUACAACACCAAACAUUAUACGACAAGAACGAGGUGAUUCGGACGAAUAUCACCGACUAUGGCGAAUACGACGACCCUCGAAAGGCUACGCCCUUGCGGUCGAUUGGAGACAUACAGCACUGCAAGGCACCAUCUGGGAUUUUACAAGAACGUAGGACUCACUGCUACGUACUCGUCGCUCGGCGUCAGCUCUUCCGCUAUCGAGAGAUUGGUCUUCGCCGCUCUUAGAUGUGUUGUCCAAGAACAUCCGAGUCUUAGUGUUAUCGCCUUGAACGAGGACAAGUCAUAUCCGAACGUCUACUUCGCGCGCUUACCUGAAGUUGACUUGGGCAAAUGCGUGAGUUUCCAAGAACGCGAAACUGCCUUUCCGAAGGACGGCGAAGUCGAUAAAGAGCUGGAUGCACUUCUAACAAAACAACAUAGCCGUGAUUUCAAACAUGGGCUUGGAACAAGGCCUUUUUGGCGGUUGAUCAUCGCUACGUCGCGAACCCCGCCGGUUGAGUUUACUGCGACUUGGAUCUGGCACCAUGCUCUCGCAGAUGGGUCCUCGGCAGUUUUGUUUCACAACUCGUUCCUCGCUGCCCUGAACUCCUCUGCUAUCAAGACAGACAUGAAUGCAGAGCUUCUCGUAAAAUCACCUACCACACCACUCCCUCCAUCAUUUGAAGACCUCCAUCCCAUGCAGACUUCGUGGCCUUUCUUUCUCCGCGCCAUCCUAGGAUCGAUCGCGCCAUCUAUAUUCAAUAAGCGCCCGCUCAAACGCUGGACGGGUAAUCCUAUACAUUCAGACACAACAUCACUUCCCGAGUGCAGAUUCCGAACGAUUGUCUUCUCAACACAGACUACUGAGAAGCUCGCACUCUUCAGCCGGAGAGAAAGAACGAGUGUGACUGCCACAUUACAAUGUCUGAUUGCCUCUUCACUCUUCGCCACUCUACCAGCUUCUGAGUGCGAGAAGGUCAGGAUUGAAUGCCCUGUAUCUAUGAGAUCAGUUCUUGAUACCCCGGACAAUCAAAUGACAAACGCGGUUGCAGAUUUUGACUAUCUACACCAGCUCACCCAACCGAACGUUGGUGCUGUGUUGAGAGGUGAGGGCCAGAAAGGCACACUACGUUACUUCUCGUGGGACGAAGCGAGAACCCUCAAGUCCGCAAUUACCCGAUUCGUGGCAAAAGAAGGUUGCGACAACCCUGUUGCAUUACUCAAGUAUGUUCCAGACAUGCAUGCGUUUUUUACUUCAAAGUUAGGGAAACCAAGGAGCCCUACCGCUGAAAUUUCAAAUCUUGGUGUGUACAAAAAGACCGGGGACGUCGAGGCAACAUGGAAAAUUGGGAGAACAACAUUCAGUCAGUGCCCAAACGUCACGAAUUGUGUGUUCGGUGUCAAUGUUGUAACAGGUGGAGACGGUAAUGCGGUGCUAAACUUUUGUUGGAUGCAGGGUGCCACUGAGGGGAACACGAUGGAUAUGGUGAUUGAGAGUUUACGAGCUGGGGUAGAAGAGCUUGUUCAGAACUAUGGGCUUUGAAGACAGCCUUCAAGUGUAUUGUAGUGACAACGACAUGUCGUAGUGUAGUUAUCUAACUACACAUAAUACCCGAUCCGAGAAAU